AUGGAGAAGGACUGCGUCGAAUUUGCUCACUUGGUACAGCUGAGUGAAAUCGAAGAUGACCAUGGACAGCGAGAGGUGGUCACGUUUCUGCUCAUUCUUGGAGUACUCAUGGGAGUCAUCUCGAAUGUUGUCUUUCUACUGCUGUCCGUUCACAAAGUCCAGCGACGAAGCCGACCACUGGUUUUCAUAACGAACAUCGUCGUCGCCGAUUUGCUGCUUGCGGUGGUCAACGGCGUGAUCCAAAUCGAUAAGGAGCGCAUUUUUGGCAAUGAGGCACAUCCUUACGGUCAGCACCUCUGUCAGGCGUUGGCGUACGUCGAAAUCACCGUCCAGACGGUAAUCGUUCUGACGCAGAUUGUAGCCACCGUCCAACGACUCAUUCUGGUUGGCACCCCCAUGCGUUUCCGGUGCAUCUGGACGAAAAGAUUCGUACGUUCGAUGAUCGCAGUGACAUGGAUCCUGGCAUUCAUUUUCGGAGCACUGGGCCCAAUUUCCGCGAACCGCCGAUGCAUCUCAUUCCGGGACACGAAUUCAGUGUCGCACGUUUGGCAGUUCUGCGGAUACAAGCCUGGCUACAUGAGAGCCGUCACCCUGACUCGACUGCUUGCCCUGUUCCUGGUCAUUCACAUGCUCGUGCUGGUGCUUUUGCUGUUUUCCAUAUGUUGGGCGCCGAAACUGAUAUUGGAUGUUCUGAUAGCUAAUCAGGUGGAACGGCCUGCGUCUGAUGAAUUGGAAGCCUCGAUAGACGCGAACUACAGUUUCGAAGCUUCGACCGUGAACCGCCAUGUCGAAACGAUGGGGAUAGCUCGACAAUACGCAGAUAUCGUCUUAAUUUUUCAUUCUUCGUUCAUUCCAAUUUUAUACCUUGCUUUUGCACACUGA